CGUGGAGAUUUCAUUCAAUCAGGGAACAAUUCCACUGCUGCUGAAAUUUGUAUUGAAAUGGUACAUGUUGUGUAUAUAUUAAUUUGGGAAAUGCAAAUAGGGACGUGUAACCUGCGCAGACCGUUUUAAAGCGUGUAACUGAUCGAAAACACGAGGUUUUUGGUCUCGCAAAAACUACAACUACAAACAACAAUAACAACAUCAACAACAACCGGGCGUUUUCAUUUCGAGUAGUCAGGAAUAUCUUUACAUGAGAGUUUGGCUUUUUUUUUUUUUUUUUUUUACUUGUUUAACUGCUGUGAAAGUGCAGUUGAAUGAUAAAUAUUGAAUAUCAUACGGCCUUGUUUUCAUCUGGUGCGCUUUAAUUUUUUAUACACAACUCCUAGUGUGUGUGUGUGUGAGUGCGUGUGAGAGAGAGAGAGAGAGAGAGAGAGAGAGAGAGAUCAUUUAGGUUAGAUAGCGCCCCCUCCCCAUCCUCAGUUGCACGCCGCGGGAGGGAUUUGCGUGUUUCCCACAAGAAAAGAAGUCUCAAAUGUCCCAUUGAAAAGGCGGCAGAGGUUCAGCAAAGGAAGGAAAGAGAAGCGAGAGAGAGAAGGAGGGAAGGAGCGGGACAGCGGGCGAGACAAAAGAGGCUGCGGCUGCUCUGGGUUUCAGACUCGGCUUCUCCUCGGCGGCACCGCGGCUAGCGAGCGGGCUUUACUUCUUAUCUUCACUUCUCAUUCUUCGACUCCUUUGAGCACCAGAGCGCAUAUCAGGGUGGAGAGGAGAGCAUCUGAAAACAGAAGUGUGUGCUCUCUCUCUCUCUCUUUUCUUUAACUCGAAGGACGAGAGGAGCCGAGACUGGGGCGCAUCUUGAUUAGCGGCGCUGCUGCUCGGUGCUGCUACACGGUGCUGCUGCUCGGCGCUACACAGUUCUGCUCGGCGAUAAACAAAACAAAGAGAGUUGGAGUGAGGAAAUGAGCCCAGCUUUAGUCCAACACUGAAACGAGGCCAAAUGCACUUCUGAGCUCUGAGAUACCCUCAAAGUCUCUCUCUCUCUGUCUCUUUUUGUCUUUCGUCUGCAACAAAACACUGGAAGAACACCGCAAAACACCACCACACCAUGUUUCCACAGAACCGACCACCGGCACCUCUCCAGCCACCCCCCGGGUCUUCGGCUUCGGCAGCAGCCGCGGCAGCGGCUGCAGCAUCAGGAUCGGCUCAGUCACUAAAACUCACUUAUCCUGAGACCCUGGACCGGAUUAAGGAGGAGUUUCAGUUCCUUCAGACUCAGUACCACAGCCUAAAGCUCGAGUGUGAGAAACUGGCCACGGAGAAGACGGAAAUUCAGAGACACUAUGUGAUGUAUUAUGAAAUGUCCUAUGGCCUGAACAUUGAGAUGCAUAAACAGACGGAGAUUGCUAAGCGGCUGAAUGUGAUCUGUGCGCAGCUCAUCCCAUUUCUCUCACAGGAGCAUCAGCAGCAGGUGGUCCAGGCCAUGGAACGCGCCAAACAGGUGACUAUGGGGGAGUUGAAUGCAUCGAUAGGGGUACGUGGACUCCCCCCUCUGCCUCCCACACAACAGCUGCAGGCUCAGCACCUUUCCCAGCAUGCCGCUCAGGCUCUGCCCAUGGCCCCUCACCCCUCGGGGCUGCCCCACCCGGGAUUGGCUCUGGGGGGCAGCUCGGGCCUGCUGGCUCUCUCCGGGGCACUCGGGGCGCAGCUGGCUGCUAAGGAUGAAAGAGCACAUCUGGAGGCUGUAGCAGCGGCGGCGGCUGCUGCUGAGCACCACCGAGACCGUGAGGCAGGACCAAGCUCCUUAUCAAACGGAGACAAAGGCCGUACAUCAGACUACCUCAGCAAUGGAAAGAAAAGGAAAUCAGACGAGAAGGAAUUCACAGACUACGGUAGCGAUGCUGACAAGAGUGAUGACAACUUGGUAGUGGAUGAGGACCCUUCGUCUCCACGCAGUGUGCACUCGUACUCCUCCAGAGAGAAUGGUCUCGACAAGCUGCCGCCCUCCAGGAAAGAGCCUCUGCCUCAGGCCAGCCCUACCUCGCUGACCUCCUCCUCCAGCAGCGCCUCACCCUCUCGCAGCAAAGAGCCUCCACCAAGGGAGAAAUCUAGUACCCCAGGGCUAAAACCAGGCACGCCCAUGUCUCAAGAUUCCUCCACCCCCGGCCCCAGCGGCCCACCCCAAUACCGACCUGUCCCGGGCAAAACGGGUGUGGACCCUCUGGCUCUGGGUGUGAGGAACCCACUGGCGGUGCAGGGUGUGUAUCCUCCCGGUGCUUUCGGUCUGCCUCCUCCGGGGGUGAACGGCGAACUUGCUGGAGCAGCCGCAGCAUAUGGCGCUGGACUCCACCUCGUCUCACCACAGAUGAACGGCUCUGCCGCUGUAGCCGCCGCAGCCGCCGCAGCCGCCGCUGCUGGAUAUGGACGCUCCCCUGUGGUGGGUUAUGAGUCUCCUCACCCCCACAUGAGGGUACCUGGCCUCCCUGCUAGCCUCCAGCCUGCAGCCUCAGGAAAGCCUGCGUACUCAUUCCAUGUGAGUGCAGAUGGACAGAUGCAGCCUGUGCCCUUCCCUCCGGACGCUCUUCUGGGCCCAGGCAUCCCGCGCCACGCCCGGCAGAUCCACACACUCAGCCACGGAGAGGUGGUGUGUGCCGUCACCAUCAGCACCUCCACACGCCACGUCUACACUGGCGGCAAAGGCUGUGUCAAAGUGUGGGACAUCAGCCAGCCGGGCAGCAAGAGCCCCAUGGCCCAACUCGACUGUCUGAACAGGGACAACUACAUCCGCUCAUGCAAGCUCCUCCCAGAUGGGAGGACUUUGAUAGUUGGAGGUGAAGCCAGCACUCUGUCCAUCUGGGACUUGGCCACGCCCACUCCACGCAUCAAGGCGGAGUUGACGUCCUCGGCUCCGGCGUGCUACGCGCUGGCGAUCAGUCCAGACAACAAGGUCUGUUUCUCCUGCUGCAGCGACGGCAACAUCGUCGUGUGGGACCUUCACAACCAGACGCUCGUCAGGCAGUUCCAGGGCCACACUGAUGGAGCCAGCUGCAUCGACAUCUCCAACGACGGGACCAAACUGUGGACUGGGGGACUCGACAAUACGGUGCGCUGCUGGGACCUGAGAGAGGGCCGCCAGCUCCAGCAGCAUGACUUCACCUCCCAGAUCUUCUCCCUGGGUUACUGUCCUACAGGAGAGUGGCUGGCUGUGGGCAUGGAGAGCAGUAAUGUGGAAGUACUGCAUGUCUCCAAACCAGACAAGUACCAGCUGCACCUUCACGAGAGCUGUGUGCUGUCACUCAAGUUCGCCUACUGCGGCAAGUGGUUUGUAAGCACAGGUAAAGAUAAUCUCCUGAACGCUUGGAGAACUCCUUACGGCUCCAGCAUCUUCCAGUCGAAGGAGUCCUCGUCAGUCCUCAGCUGUGACAUCUCGCCUGACGACCAGUUCAUCGUGACCGGCUCAGGAGACAAGAAGGCCACUGUGUAUGAGGUCAUUUACUAAAGCAGCCGCAGACUGGAUCCCAGAACAGAAGUACAGUACCAUGUAGCUGGAAGAGCGGAAACCAAGAUCCGACUUUGACUUUGGAACAGAGUGAUGGUGGUGGAGUUGGAGAAAAGCGCCUACGCUUUUUACAAUUUUUUUUUUAACAUUUUUUUUUUAUUUUUAUGUCCGUUAGGGACAGGCAUUGAGGGAGGAUUGUGGAGCUCCAGAACAGGACUGACCUUGUUGUUUUUUUAAUGCUGUGAGAAAGCUAGCUUCAGAGAUGCGGGAUUCCUCCAAAGACUUCUCUUUUGCUUUAUUGUUUUUCCUUUUGUUAUUUUUUAAACAAGAUGAAUUCUCUGUAGUGAAUGAAAUAGCAAAGAGAAUUUUUUUUUUUUUUUUUUUUUAGCCUCUGGAAAAAACAAUUCCUUGUGGAAAUGGACAGUCGAGGAGCAGCAGUGCACUGAGCAGGUACAAGGCGCUUUAAGAGGAAAGACUACGACAAUAUCUUUGCCAUUUGUUUUCUUCCAGUCUGUACCGAUGGCCUUGAGCGUCUGAAAAUGAUCUUGGAAUAAGCAACAGUACGACUGUAUAAUGACACGGUGACAGAUUUGGGCUAACAAGGGUCAUGUUUUACUAUUUUUUUUUUUUUUUUUUACAACUUCAGGGAGAUGGUCCACAUUAGCACGUUUCUUGUGUAUGCUGUAUGUCUGCUCCCAAUGACCGGCUUUUGGCUUUUGUUGGAUACUUGGUGUGUAUGAACUGUAAAUAAAGCUCCUUAAAAGCAAAAUUCUAAGAA